AUGUGCGUCGCUCCGCUGGACUCCACUACACCUAGUUGUCUUGGUAAGAUGCAAAAGAGGUCCACCACGGUGUAUCACACAAGUGAUAUGUAUGAUAGUAGAAUGAGGAGUUUUUGUUUGUUGUCGCAAACGGUGGGUUUCGAACCACAAGGAAAUGAUGAGGAAUUUUUGAUAAUGAAAUCGUCGAUGGAAAGUCGUCAGUCUAGUGCGGGUCUGAGGGACGAGGUCUUGAGGAGAGCUACGUUGACUCGGGAGGAGCUCCAGCAGUUGGAGGCUAUAAGGCUGUAUCCUCAGCUGAGAGAAUUGGAGUUGUGGGAGGAUCUCAAAGAGUCGCUCGGGAGGUCCUCUGAUGGUGUGGGGGUAAGCGAAGACGACAGGAAAUGGAUAGAAGACAACAUAGGGGAGCAGCUUGUGAGGAGUCGUUGGGUUAAAAGUGUUCAGCAGGAUAUGGCCUCGACUGAGAAGAAGGCUGAGCUACAGGAUGUGAUGAAGAGUAUAGAAAGUCAAGUGGCGGCGGAGAGCGCGGGUUCGAUCCCUGCAUGA